CAAAUCUCAGAACGGUUGCGAAGCUGCCUGCAUCACCCGCCGACCGAGCCAGGAACCGACGAGCAGAACCGGAGAAAAAAUGGCGUUCACAUUCGCGGCCUUUUGUUACAUGCUCGCUCUGCUGCUCACGGCGGCGCUUAUCUUCUUCGCUAUCUGGCAUAUAAUAGCAUUUGAUGAGCUGAAGACUGAUUACAAGAAUCCUAUUGAUCAGUGUAACACUUUAAAUCCGCUGGUGCUCCCAGAGUAUCUCAUCCACUUCUUCUUCUGCGUGAUGUUCUUCUGUGCGGCUGAGUGGCUCACCCUCUGUCUCAACUUGCCACUGCUGGCUUAUCAUGUCUGGAGGUAUAUGAGCAGACCUGUGAUGAGCUGUCCAGGACUCUACGACCCAACAACCAUCAUGAAUGCUGACAUCCUGGCGUUCUGUCAAAAAGAAGGCUGGUGCAAACUGGCUUUCUACCUCCUGUCAUUCUUCUACUAUCUCUACGGGAUGAUUUAUGUUCUGGUGAGCUCUUAAACUGAUGACAAUGAAGGAAAAGGACCUGCAUGUACAGUAGACGACCAGACACUAUGAUCUUAGUGCUGGAACACUGGACCUGCUGGAGACCACCGUUCAGCAACACAAGACGCCAUUUCAAGCGGACGACCUCUCGACCCCACACACACAGCGCAGAGUGUCAUUUCGGAAACAUUUAGCCCGUUUUAAGAGAAUAUCUCGGUCGCAGCGUUCCUCUCAUAAGCACUAUAGUUUAAAUUUUAUGGAAAAUAAGGACAAGCCUGAAUGGACAUGUUUUUUUUUUCCUUUUUCUUUUUAAUGGUGUGGUGAUUUUUUUGAUGCUUGGGAUUUAAAUAAAGUUGUUUUUUGUUUUUUCA